AUGCAGGCGUGUGUGACGGCUACGUCGCAUCCGCCGACCUUUUUGUCACCGUACCUCUGCGGUUCUCUGGUCGCGUGCCGGACUCGUAAACCACUGCGUGCCAAGAGAACUUUCGACCCUCGGUGUACUUGGUUCGUGUUUUUUGCGAAUAUUCGCCGGAUUAUUAAAGAAGAAGAGGAGAAGAGAGAGUUAAAAAUCGACGAUUUUUGUGUAAACAGAUUCCACACACGUACGCACGGAGAACAUCCUGAGCCCGGUAAGUGGCGUAUGGAGAUAUCCGAAGGGGGUUGGAUAGCUCGAAUGGUUUGCGAGGGUGCCACUGAAGGGUGGUACUGUGCCAGAGAGAAGGGUGAAAGCAGGUGGAUGGAUACGGUGGUGAAGGAGGACGGAAGAGAUGCGAGGACGGAAGACGAUGCGGAUAAACGAGAAGCAAGGGGGAAAGGAGAGAGGGUGGAACAAGGAGGAAGUAGAAAAGGAUCAGAGUCAGGGAAGGUAAAAGCAAAGAGUGAGAGUGAAGGUAAGGACAGCGAAAGGGAGAAAAGAGAGGGGAUUAGGUAG